AUGCACGUCCAUAACCACCCCUAUACAGGCCUCCUGGCCCAUCUAAAAGCCCAUCUCCCACAAUCAGGCCCUCUCCUCCGCCGCAUCCAGCACCAGAUCACUCACCCCUCACCCACAGCCCAAGUCCUCGCUUCGUUCCCUCCAGAGUCGGAGCCAGAGACCAAGGCUGGAAUCGAGACCCCAUGGCUCGCAGCAUACGCAGACAUCCAUAGAGGGCUAGAUACCCAAGUCUGGGUAUUCUCGAGCCUCGAAACAAAGACCAAGGCCAAUACCAAUUUCAACUCCAACUCCGCAUCCGCACCAACAUCAUCAACCUCAGAGCCAACUCAAACUCACCAUGACAACGAAGCACUCUCCAUCCAAGAAAAAGAAACAACAAAAUCCCACCUGCUGUCUCUACUCACACACAUCCGCACCAAGCUCGUCCCGCCCUACAUCGCCUGGCUGGCCUCCCAACCACCCGCCCCAGUCCCAGAGCCAGAGAAAGCAAGGGACGAAGGCGUGAAGAAGAUCCCACCGCACCCAACGACCUCCGUCUUGCUCGGAUCAGUGCACAAGACGGUCGUUGAACUGAUCUGCGAACUUGCAAACGAGACACUGCCUACAAAGCCCAGUGCAAAUCAGAAUCAAAGUCAGAGUUCAAGACCAGGGGUACGCAUCCACCGCGGCCAAAACGUCUUCUACGCCAAGUACUGCUUCCCCUCGUCAUCGUUUGAUGAUCACGAUGACGACGAUGACGACAAAGUCAAUAAUGACCCGGGUCCUGAAAAGGGGAGCUUAGUUGGAAAGGGGUACGUGUAUACGUUCACCGACUCCACUGGCGUCUCAGGGAUCCAGGAGAAGCAUCUUGACCUGGUGAAGCACCGCACUAAUAUUCCGCGCUCGAAGAAGGCGUUGAUGGCUAUGGGUGGUGUGGCGUUGUAUUAUCGGCCUGGCGAUGAUGGCUCACCUGCGUCCUCCCGGCCUGUUGCAGAUGCUACGACUUCUGGUACCGGUGCGGGUGCGGGUGCAGAUGGGGAUGGUGAAGGGGAGAUGCCAAUUGGAUGGGCAUUCCUCGGGUUCGACGGGAGCCUUUGCACGUUGCAUAUUGAGCCGGAGCAUCGCGGCAAGGGCUUGGGAGGGGUUGUUGGGAAGGAGGUUAUGAAGAGCGGGGUGGGUGUUUUUGAACCUUCUGCGCGUCAUCAUCACGACAGUAUCGGUGGAGGGGAAAAGGAAUGGUUCUUUGCGGAUGUCGCUGUGGAUAAUAUUGCUAGUCGACGGGUGAUGGAGAAGAUGGGGGGUGAAAUUGGAUGGUAUGUUGCAUGGAUGGUUGUUGAGGCGGAUAUCCCUUGUUUUUAA